ACCUUCUCCUCCUCGUCCUCCUCGCCUCGUCACAACUCGUCAGCGCGCCGCACGCCUGCUACACGCCAAAUGCGCGCCUCUCAACAGCAACAGACGCCGCUCCGCUGGGUCCUGUAUGGCCUUGCCGCGCUCGUCACGCUCUGGCUCUACUCGCUGUGGUCGACGCCCGCCAUGGGCCGAGAGCUGCACGCGCUCGCAGAGUCCGGCGUCGACCUCGAGGUGCUCGGUAUCGGACGGCAUUCGGCGAGCGUCAUCUUUCUGCACGGACUGAGCGGUAGCGGUACACUCGGACUUCCUCUCGUCGAGCGCGUGCGAGAAGACCUCCUCCAGGUCUCGUGGAUCCUCCCGAGCGCGCCUGCAGUUCCCGUGACGGCGAACGACGGCGAGCUCAUGUCAGCGUGGUUCGACAUCGACGAGCUCAACAUCGUGUCGCCCAAUGACCCGCCCCCAAUGCCGACGAGGGAGGACGAGGCGGGCAUGCGCAAGAGCGUCGCGAGGGUGCACGCCCUCAUCCAGAAGGAGCUCGACAAGGGCAUCGACGCCAACAGGAUCGUGCUCGGUGGCUUCUCGCAAGGCUGCGUCAUCUCGCUCCUCGCCGCCAUCUCGUCGAAGGAGAAGCUCGGCGGCGUCAUGUGCCUCUCUGGCUGGCUCGCCAUGUCGGACAAGCUCGAGAAGCACGGCGGCAAGCUGCGGCAUCCGAUGCAGGAGCCGCAUGCUCACGAGCUGCCCGUCUUCUGGGGCCACGGCGACCUCGACAACGUCGUGGCGCACUCGUGGGGCGAGGAGAGCGUGGGCAAGUUGCACAAGAUGGGCUUCCGGGAUGUCGAGUUCUACUCGUACCCAGCUCUCGAGCACUACAUGUCGGUGCAGGAGGAGAAAGACGUCGCGACCUGGCUCAGCAAGCGGUUGCCGCCGACCUGAGCACACGCUCUCUGUACGACCCCUGCAACGACAGCCCGAUCAUCCUUUCU